AAUAACAACAAAAAUAACAAUAAUUAUAACUAAAGGGAUAAAGUAAAAAGAGUUCAUUUUUUUUUUGUAAUUCAUUUUCAUUCAUAUUCUUCUCAUUGUCGUAUAAUGGAGACAUUAAUAUCUACGAAUGCAAACAGCCAGUCUUAUAGUCCGCAAUUAAAAUCCGUACUGAAAACUUAUCAGCUAUCGGCUGUAAAGAGCCUUCAGGGUCCGAGCUCGGCCCUGUUGGGCAUGGACUGUAAAGGGCUUCUACAAGAACCGGCAGCUUUUCAUUUUUCAACGAUAAAUCGUUCCACCAAUGGGGCGAUAUCUGAUUCCGACACUGAGCGGCCAAAUUCGGCAAAGGAAAUCGAGAGGCUUGAUAAGCUCGACGAUAUCGUAUCCUCCAAGGAACAACAAAGAACUAUCGACACCUUGGAAGAUUCUGACUCGAAUCCGCCACCGCCGGACAGGGCGAAAGUCAUAGUAGAUAACAAGCGAGAGCCGGAGUUUCAGAUACCGAUAUUAACUGCGCCUGAUCAGAGCUGUUCGGAGAGAUGCGAAACUUCCCUCGAAGGCGAGAGAAUUUCAUGCUUUGUUGUCGGCGGCGAGAGGCGCCUCUGUUUACCCCAAAUUCUAAACACCGUGUUACAAGACUUUUCACUCCAACAGAUAAACCAAGUCUGCGACGAGCUUCAGAUAUACUGUUCACGGUGCACGAGAGACCAGCUUGAGGAACUCAAGCUAUCCGGUAUUUUGCCGAGGAAUGCGCCCUCCUGCGGUCUCAUUACCCAGACAGACGCCGAACGGCUGGUCAGUGCUCUAUUGCUCAGGACUGAAACCUGCGAGACGCAGGAUAUUAUCGAGAGCCAAAAAAUUAUAAUAGAAGACUCGAAGGAUGAGGGGGAGGAAAGUUUGUCGUCCAACAGGUUCAAGGUCUACCAUGAAUGCUUUGGGAAGUGCAAAGGCAUUUUCGAGGCGGAUCUCUUCAUCAACGAGGAUUCCCCCUGCAUAGAGUGUCUCGAAUGCACCGGCAGAUUCUCACCUCAGCGAUUCGUCAGGCACGCCCAUCGAUCGUUGGAAAAUCGGACCUGCCACUGGGGCUUUGACUCUGCUAAUUGGAGAUCUUAUCUUCUCCUAGCACGAGAUCAACCCCACUAUCCUCAGGUUGCUACUCUUUUUCGGGAGCUCAAGCAAAGGCAUCUACCCAAUUCCAAAAGGAAACCUCAGGUGCGACACGACACUGAAAAGUUGACCAAGAGAGCUAAAAAGGAUUCAAACCAAGAAUGUUCACCCGGUUAUUACAAAGGAAACGGUAUGGGAAUGUACCAUCCUGCAGCAUCCGCCGCCGGUGUCAAUGAUCCCUAUCUCCAGAUGCAAUGGGCAGUUUUUGAACUUGCGGCAAGAGGCGCAUCGGCUUUCCGCCCUUGGAGUGCUGCCGGAUCUUGUAAACACAGAGAUGGAACGUCUCUGGUUCCUGCGUACCUGAGUCGAGGACCUCCGGUUCUUCAGCAUCCCGAACGAGUGGUACCACAUUCAGAGUGCGAACGUUUCGAGCCCCACUUCCAGCCCAACGUUGCUCUGGCUCCUCUACCGCCCCUCAAUUUACCGCCUCUAGUUCCACCAGCCUCACAUCAUCAUCACCACCACCAUCAUCCGAAACGUCGCCAUCACCAUCGCCAGCCGAGUCCGGAAGGAAAAGUUGAAACAUUGCCGAUAACCGUUAAAUUAGAAAAGCCUUCUUCACCUAGUCCGGGACCCGGUCCUGGUCAAGCGUCGCUCUCUUCGCCACCCGCGUUAUCCUGCACGACGGAAGGGGACGAAGACAGUAGUCGUGGGAUAGUACCAAAAGAAAAUGUCGAGGAAGAGGAGGAGAGCAGCACGGCCGUCACUUCGUCGACGGUAACGGUCGAUCCCCCGCCGACGGAAGCAGCAACGUCAUCGCCGGACAGUGAUUCGGACUCCGAUUCGACGGUUGGCACGGAUCUCGAGUCGAGAUUAGCGACUCUCGACGUACCCAAGGAUGUUACGGAGCUUGUGCGACGUUUGGCGUCGCAAAACGCCCGUUUGCGACGGAGUCGACGUCGCGAUGCCAGGGAAAUAUCAAGGCUUCGAUCUCAGCUUGAACUACAACAGUUACAGUGCAGUACGAGUAAGGAUGAUGGUAAGAAUCAUAACGAGGCAAACGUUAAUUAUGUAAACUUAACGGCAAACACAAAUGAAAAUGCAAACGCAAAUGCAAACGCGGCUGAUAGCACCGAAGGUAGCGAAGAGGCGGAAGCUGUUCCACCGUCGAAUAAGGAUAGUAAGGAUCUUGAGGAUCCCGAUGACCCUGCAGCUGGUAAUGAUUAGAUUUGUUUUUCAUUAGUUCAUAUCGAGAUUAGAGAAGGAAAUAGAUAAUUGGAGAUAGGAAAGGAAAAACAAAAACAAAAAAAAAAAAAAAAAAAAAAAAAAAACUGCUCACCAAACAUUGCGCCGUUUGUAUUUUUGGCAAAACAAACGCGCACUGAAAUUUAUUGUUCAAAUUAAUAACAAUCUGAUGAUUAUUCUAACUUCUGUAAUAUACAGGAUGAAAAAAAACAAACAUUUUAGGAAAACAAUUGAUGAAAAAAAAGAAUGAAAACUGUUCUGGGUUAUGUGAUAUAUAAAGAGCCUUUAACGUUAUUUCUAUUGAUUAGAAGUUCUAAUAUUAUAGGUAUAAACUUUAUGAACGGUUUCAUUAAUUUAUAACCGGUUUGUAGAUAUUGUAUUAUACGGAAGAAAGUAAUUAGGUUUAAAAAGAAAAGUGAAAAAGAAGAAAAAAAAAAAAAAAUGAAAACUUAUCAUGCCAAUAACAAUUACGUUUAACGAUUUAUUUAAUUGUAAUCUUAAGGACAUGAGACAUGAAGAAUUACGAGCAUUUGAGUAUAUUAAAUAUACAUCAUUUGCCCAAAAUGAUUUUCUAUUUGGUCAUACACUCAAUGUUUUAUUGUAAUAGGUAGAACAAAGAAAUAGGCUGCUUUCCGUUAAAAAUCUCUCUUUUCCCAUCCUCCUCCACUUCCUCUUCCUCUUUCUGGUAACUAUACAUGUAUUAUGAUUAUAUAUAUACACACAAACACACAUAUAUAUAUAUAUAUAUAGAAUCAUAAUAUCGCGGAAUGUAAAUAAAUUCUCUUAUCACAUAUAUCCGUACACACAAACACACAUGCAUAUAUACAUGGUAUAAUUAUGCGUUAAUUAUUUUAUUUAAUUAAUAUUACGCGAAUUAAUUAUGAAAGUACAAAAAACCCUAGGUGCUAUGUUGUUACGUUAGCCUACGUUUCGAGAGCGAACGCGGCUCGUUGCAAUACUAAAAAAAGAAAAAAAAAAUUAACCACAUUUAUUAAGUACACGUUCGGUUCCGCAUUGUCUUCAUUAGAUACUAUAUUAAUUAUUUUACGAUAAUAGUCUCGUUUAAUAUUUAGUCUUGAUUAUACAUUAUAAAUGCGUACAGUAUAUUGUCGAACCCACGGCGGACUUUAGACAUUGUUGUUCAUCAGUCAUUUAAUGUGCAGAAAACGCAUUAUGAUCCCACGAAAAAAAUUACACACACACACACACACGCACAUCCAUACAUGCUUUCAUUCAUACAUACAUAUACGUAUGCACAUGUUCUGAAUCAGAAGCGGAUUUUUACAUUAAAAAAAUAACAAGAAAUCGAAAAAAAACGAUUAGUUCUCUUUGUCAAGUCAAAACCCGUACCAUAUUCUAUUAUAUAGAAAAUAAUAUAAAUAUUAUAGUAAUAAAACUAUUAUACAGUUCGUGAAUCGUAUACAUAAUAUUUUAAUUAUGUAUAUGUGUGAAGAAG